CCCAGUAGCAUACGUUCACACUCAAAAUGGACUGGCGGAAUCUUUGAUUAAACGCGUCCAAAUAAUUGCUCGUACAUUGCUGAUGAGAUCUAAACUCACUAGUGCAGCAUGGGGCCAUGCAGUAUUGCAUGCAUCAGCACUGAUUAAAUUACGGCUCACUGCUUAUCAUAUGCAUUCCCCAAUGCAAUUGGCAUUAGGCUUUGAGCCCGAUAUUUCGCACCUUCGCACAUUUGGUUGUGCUGUGCAAGUGCCAAUUCCUCCUUCUCAGAGGACUAAAAUGGGUCCCCAACGCCGGCUUGGCAUAUACGUUGGGUUUGAUUCACCGUCGAUUAUUAGGUUCUUGGAACCAAUGACGGAUGAUUUAUUUACCGCUAGAUUUGCGGAUUGUCAUUUUGAUGAGACAUUAUUUAUACCGAUUGGUAAGGAUAUUCAGAAUAUCCGUGAUAAUGAUAAACAAAAAUCAAUCGAGAAUCUCACAUGGUGUGAGCAACAUUUAUCUCAUCUCGACCCACGUACCUCUGAAUGUGAAAAUGAGAUCCAUAGAAUCAUUCAUUUACAAAAUAUUGCCAAUAGACUUCAUGAUGCAUUUAAUGAUGCCAGUAAAGUCACGAAGUCUUAUAUUCCAGCUGUGAAUGUGCCAGCUAGGAUCGCUGUUCCUGAAGAACAUGCGAAAAUGAAUGAUGAUCCCCCACGACAAAAACAGGGUAGACCUAUUGGAUCAAAUGACGUAGUUCCUAGAAAAAGAAAGGGGAAAAUCAAUGAACCCUCAAAUGAGGCGAUUCCUAGUACAUCUUGUUGAUUUACCAAACAGACAUGUCCACUGUCGCGAUAAUGUUAAUUAUAUAGUGCAGGGAAGAGUCAGAUACAUAAAAGGCGAUCGAACCAAGUCCUUCCCAACUUCUGCAUUUGAGAAAUCGGCAUACGAUGUUGGAAUGAGAAGAGCCGAUAUGGAGAAAGAUUGACAGCUCACUCAGAGGUUUACAAUGCUCAUUUCAGGGGGAGCAAUAGUGCGCUGCACUCUUUUUCCCUUUUGACUGGUUUUGUCCCAUUGGGUUUUCCAGCAAAGGUUUUUAACGAGGCAGCUUAUGCACACGGCUUGGAUUGAGUUAUGCACUCUUUUUCCCUUCUGACCGGU